AUGGGAGGUACUAGAUACUUGAGUGAGGUACCAGAAGCCAAUGUAUUUAACCAGGCUAAAUCUAAUAAGGAAGUAAGAGUUACGGUUACUGAUCAACGAUCAUUAAGUAAUGUUAAAACAAGACUAAAUGACAUGACUUCGGAUAUGACCAGUUUAAUUCGAGAUGAUAUGAUGCAAGGUGAUGAACCUACUGAAGACUACAACCAGAUGUUUUAUAGUAGUGGUGAUAGGAAAAAUACAUUUGUUAUCACUGAUGAUGAAGACUUUGGACCAGGUAGUGGUAGUGGUAGUGGUGAUGGUGAUCAUGUUAUUACAUCUCCAGAUGAAAGACCAACAGAAACUGGAAAAGAAAAUGGUAUCAGCAAUGAAACAGGGGACAGAAAUACCAAUUCUGCUCCUCUGCAUUCACUCUCGUCCAUUUUGUUGUUGUCAUUGACGACCAUAUAUUAUUAUUUCUGGCUCCAUUAG